UCUCCGCAUUGCCAUGGCUGCCAGGGGCGCAGGGCCGGCCAGCGAGAGCUUGCGCUAUGCCGAGUACGCGCCCCCGGCCGCCAAACGGCCAGAGUCCGACUUCGACCAGGGACUGGCCAGGACACUGAUAGCGGUGGGGCUAGGGGUGGCAGCCUUUGCAUUUGCAGGUCGCUAUACAUUUCAAAUCUGGAAGCCUCUGGAACAAGUAAUCACAGAAAUUGCAAAGAAGGUUCAACCUCCUAGCCUUUCAUCCUACUAUAAAGGAGGAUUUGAGCAGAAAAUGAGUAGGCGAGAAGCUAGUCUUAUUUUAGGCAUAAGCCCAUCUGCUGGCAAGGCCAAGAUUAGAACAGCUCACAGGAGAAUCAUGAUUUUGAAUCACCCAGAUAAAGGUGGAUCUCCUUAUUUAGCAACCAAAAUAAAUGAAGCAAAAGACUUGCUGGAAUCCAGCACCAGACAGUGAUGCUCAAGGACUGCUGUAAUGGGGAGUGGAGCUUUGAAAAAUGUAAUAAAGUUCUGCAAAGUGAAACUCUGCCAUUGCUUUCUAAUUUAUGCAUAAGUAUUAUUCGACCACAGAACAGACUGAUUGUUCCUUGUUGAUCUAUUUGAAAAUAAAAUAUGAAUGUA